UCAGUGACGAAGAAAUCAAGAGCUGCAGAGACAGCAGUCAGUCCAGCCGGCAACCAGCACCAGCAGCUCCUGUCAUCACCAGUGUGGAAGCCAACAAACAGCUUUAACAACAACGCACUUAUUUCACGGACACAGCCUGAGUCGACUGAGAAGCUGCCCCUUUUUGAGAUAAGCCCCUCUCCUAUUAUUCUCUCGAGUGCCACCCUGGAGGAAAUGGGGUGAUUGCCUUUGUCCAUCAUCUCGUCUACUAACCUGGAACAAGCCCAGGGUAACACUCCUACUGAUGUCAGAGGAUUCAGACUUCAAGCCCUACCGCUUCCCUGUGCAGGAGGAGCAGGAUGAAGCUUUAGGCUGCACAGCGUCCACUUCAAGCAGCUGCAGCCCGCGGGGGGCCUCGAGGUGCAGCUCAAUGGCCCAGCUCCACAGGAUGGGAGGCUACAGCCAAGCCGCAGCAGACCUCGGCCUCCUUUCAGAGAGCAGCGACAGCAGCGGCCAUGACCCCGCUGCCUCGCGGCACAACAUUCGCAAGAUGGUGCGCUCUCGAUUGCUCCCUGAAGAGGAUGUGGAGAUGAAGAGCAACGGGUCCAGCGUGAGUGGGACUGAGUCGCACGGCAAUGAAAGCCAUGGGAACGAGAGUCAUGGGAACGAGAGUCACGGCCAUGAGUCACUGGGUAGCUCCAAUGGAAACAGCAAAGACUCAGCUCUGCUUGAAUCUUCUGAGAGCAAUAAAAGCUCAAACUCCCACAGUCCGUCUCCUCCGAGCAGCUCCAACGCUUUCAGCCUGCUGAGCUCAGAGCAGGACAACCCUUCGACCAGCGGCUGCAGUAGUCAAGAGUCUGCCAAAGCCAAGACCCAGAAAGAAGUGAUAAAAACUCUGAAAGAGCUGAAACGUCACCUGCCAGCUGAGAAGAAACAGAAUAACAAGUCCACCACAUUGAACACCCUCAAAUACGCCCUUCGCUGUGUGAAACAGGUGGAAGCCAGUGAGGAGUAUUACCAGCUGCUGAUGAUCAAUGACAGUCAGCCCUCAGGCCUGGACGUUUCCUCUUACACGAUAGAGGAGAUAGACAGCAUCACUUCUGAAUACACACUCAAAAACAAUGACAUUUUUGCGGUAGCAGUGUCUCUAACCACAGGAAGGAUAGUCUACAUUUCUGAUCAAGCUGCCUCCAUCCUCAACUGCAAAAGAGAUGUGUUCAAAGACUCCAAGUUUGUGGAGUUUCUGACGCCGCAGGAUGUUAGCGUGUUCUACAGCUUCACAACUCCGUACCACCUGCCCUCCUGGAGCAUGUGCACUGGAGCAGAGUCAUCCCCGCCCGACUGCAUCCAGGAGAAGUCUUUUUUCUGCCGUAUCGGCAGGGGUAAGGACUCCGGGGGUGACCUGCGGUAUUAUCCAUUUCGCAUGACACCAUAUCUGAUGAAGGUCCAAGACACAGUUCAUGCUGAAGACCAGUUCUGCUGCCUCCUGCUGGCAGAGAGGGUUCACUCUGGCUACGACGCUCCCAGAAUUCCAACAGACAAGCGUGUUUUCACCACCACUCACACUCCCAGUUGUGUGUUCCAGGAUGUGGAUGAGAGGGCGGUUCCUCUGCUCGGAUACCUCCCCCAGGACCUGAUUGGUACCCCGAUCCUUCUUCACCUUCACCCCAAUGAUCGGCAGGUCAUGCUGGCCAUUCACAAAAAGAUCCUUCAGUGUGCAGGGCAACCGUUCGACCACUCAUCCAUCCGUUUCUGUGCGAAAAAUGGAGAAUACAUCACCUUGGACACUAGCUGGUCCAGUUUUGUCAACCCCUGGAGCCGAAAGGUCUCGUUUGUGAUUGGGAGGCACAAAGUCCGCAUGGGUCCUGUGAAUGAAGACAUUUUCUCGGCCCCCAACCCCGCUGUCCCCCACAUGAAGACCAUGGACUCUGACGUCCAGGAGCUGACUGAGCAGAUCCACCGACUCCUGCUACAGCCGGUUCACAACAGCGGAUCCAGUGGCUACAGCAGUCAGAACAGCACUGACCAGCGUCUGGGCUUGACCUGCUCCACUGAAAGCCUGAACAACAGCAACGGGAGCAAGACGCAACCAGAGGAAGUGGAAGUGACCAACAACAACAGACAUAGAACAUUUCACGAAAUCUGUAAGGGGGUUCAUCGUCAGAAGAGCCAAGAGCAGCAGAAAGCCGAUUUAUGCCACAAACAAAACAAAAGCAAAGAGCCUACACGGAAGAGUACAGCGGUGGUGCGGCCCAAAGACUCGGCCCCUCCUGUCAACUGGAAAGAUGCAUCCAUGGAGGAGAGCAGAGCCUCUUUCCAGGAGGAGCUGCCCUUGAAUGACCAGACUGUCCACUCUUACCAGCAGAUCAGCUGUCUGGACAGUGUUAUCAGAUACCUGGAUGGCUGUAAUGUUCCCAUGAGGAUGAAGAGAAAGUGCCAUUCUUCCUCCAACACCACGUCCUCUAACUCCGAUGAGGAAAAGCAGAAAGCGUCUGAAGAACCAGCCUUUUUGAAGGAUCAAUCUAGUCUCUCUGCUUUGGAUGCGCCUGACAAAAAGUCCACUCCUGCGGCCACAGCAGUAGUGGGCACUUCGCUGCCUCUCCCUGUUCCAAACAAACCAGAAAGUGUGGUGUCCAUAACCAGCCAGUGUAGCUACAGCAGCACCAUAGUGCAUGUUGGGGAUAAGAAACCUCAGCCAGAGCCAGAAAUAACUGAGGAUGUACCAGGAGCGGGAGAGACGCCAGAACCCAGCCAGAACCCUGUAGCGCCUCCUUGUGCAAUUUCACCUCCCUACAGGAAACUGGGGUUGACUAAGGAGGUGCUGGCAACUCAUACGCAGAAGGAAGAGCAGGUCUUUCUGAAUCGCAUCAAGGAGCUGCGGGGACUCGCUGCUCUCAAAGAAAAGUGCCCUCAGUACCUGGAGCAUCAGACAAGCGAUGUUGCCAGCAAUGCUCCACGUGCUGCUGGACCAGUCGCAGAGCCAACCACACGCCGAGCAACGCGACAUAAGAAGACCCGGUCAAAGCGAGCGAAGCGCAUCGCUGCCUCAGACAGCACCGUGUCCAGUCGCAGGCAGAAGCAGCUGCCAUCUCCUCAGCCAAACCACCGCCUUAAACAGACUUCUUGGUCUACCUCUGAAGCGUCUCAGUCCACGUUCCCAGUGCCAUACCCUGCUGUGAUCCCAGGCUAUCCCAUGCAGGCUUACCCCACAGCUGACGCCAUUCCUCCUCGCACAGAAGCACCUCCCCAAAACUUUGAGAGCAACCAGUUUGCUCAAGCCCCUCCCUGCCCCCCAUCCAUUCAGUCUGCCCCCUACAACUCCCCGCUGGUCACACCUGUUGUGGCUUUGGUGCUGCCCAACUACUUGUACCCUCUAAUGGGCCCUGGACUUCCACCACAGCCAGUGUAUCAAGUAGAUACUGGUGCCUUCCCCUACCAAAUGCAGCCUUUCGAUCCGGCUGCUUUUUCAGGCCCGGGAACCUUUGCCUCUCCACAUUUCUUUAACAAUCAGAAUCAGUUCAACACCCUCAACCCCUUUCCAUCUCCGGCAGGCCACAUAGCGCCACCAUUCGAAAUCCCUCCAUCCUCAGAAACCCCCAAACCCCCCGUGGAGAGUCACUCCCGCUCAUCCACACCACGGUCUGGUGAAGAUGGGAGCGAGGCGUCCCCGCCCUUGUUCCAGUCGCGCUGCAGUUCACCCCUCAACCUGCUGGAGCUGGAGCUGUCUGUGGACAGACAGGACAACGCAGCGCUCUCUUCAGGAGCACAGGGGAAUAACACCGCGGAAAGGGAGAAGGGAGCAGCUGCCAAACAGGCCAAGGAGAGGGAACUGAAACAGCCCUUUCUCAGUCUACUUGGUCCACCUGGACCCUUGUAUUUCGAGAGCACACCCUGUGUCUGUGAGCGUUUGUCUUGGGAUAAAGUGUGGUCUAGGCUGGGGGCUUGCUGCAAAGAGAGCUCCCAUGGCGACGGCAACAACAGCGAUGACAACUCUUCAUCCAGCGACAUGUUUGACCUAAUUCUCCAGGAAGACUCCUGUUCAGGCACCGGUUCUGCCACCUCGGGCUCCAUGGGCUCAGGGUCCAACGGCUGUGGGACUUCAGCCAGCGGGACGUCCAACAGCAGGACGUCCAACAGCAGGACGUCCAACAGCAGGACGUCCAACAGCAGGACGUCCAACAGCAGGGCAUCAGCCAGUGGAACCUCAACUAGUGGGACCUCUGGCAGUCAGUCAGGAAGCAACAACACCAGUAAUUACUACGGCAGCGUGGACUCGUCUCAGAGGAGUCAGAAAGUCAAAAGUCACUCGAGCAAAAGCGAGGGAAGGCUAUCGGAGAUGGAGCAGAGUGAGCAGUUCAUCAGGCGUGUACUGCAGGAGCCGCUGUGGCUGCUCACGGCUAACACGGAUGAGGAAGUCAUGAUGACCUAUCAGCUGCCUUCCCGUGACUUACAGCAAGUGCUCAGAGAGGACAAAGAGAAGCUGAGGCUUCUGCAGAAAGGCCAGCCUAGCUUUUCAGAGGAGCAGAAGAAGGAGCUCACCGAGGUCCACCCCUGGAUCAAGAAAGGAGCAUUACCUAAAGCCAUAGAUAUAAAAGGGUGUUUCUGUUGUGACGACACCGCGUCGGCGGCAGCAGUCACAGAGGCAGCUGAGGGUCAGCAGAACCUGAACCUCGGUGAUACAGAGACGGAGGAACUCAGCUGCCAUCAGAGGCCCAGAGAAGAUCCCUCAUAAUCUGCUGCCAUUUAUUGCAAAAGCCUCUAUCAGCAGUAGACUGAUAUCUAGAGAGACAGUUACCGAUCUGCCUUCCUGUAAAACUGUGAAGAGGAACCUUUUAAGCUGGGAUGGUUUAGGACAAGCUGUACAAUCAGACUUUUGUCAUAUGUAUGUGUGUUCUGAGUUUGUGUGUGGUGGCCAACAAUUUACAUUUUCUUUCAAGCUAAACUAGGCCAGAUUGUUUUGUUUCUUGAGGAACUAAUGGUCUUAUUUGCUGCAUAUAAAUGUAUCUCCCACACAAUGUGUGGCACCUAGAAACCCUGUCAUGUACUUGUUAAGAGGACACAGCGCCAGUUAAAGGAAACCCAGUAUCUGUUUGAAGACCAAGCAUCACAGCAGAAGUCAACCAAACGUCAAUGUGCCAGAGGUCGACCACUGGCUCACCAAUGUUCUGACUGUUGUACUUAAUGAAUUAACCUUGUGAUGCUUUCUCAAAACAACAACCGGGUGCUGCAGCACUGAGGUGUCAGGUUAGUUUCGGUCUACCCACUCAUCGAGCACCAAAUAAGCAUUGGUGCACCUUGUGGGCUGCAGCGAGUGAAAGGCUUGAGACUGGUGUAAGACACCCACCCGACCUGCAGUGACCUUUCCACCACCUUCAUCACACUCCCCUGAAAACCCUUCUUUGACUAGAGUCCAAAAAAUGUAAAAUAGGACUUGAUAAAAUCCAACAAUCAGGAUUUUAAUGUUUAGGAAAAUACACUGAGAGCACUUUAACCUCAUUUUCACAGAAAGAGGCCCAAUUUAGAAUGUUACACUAAAGCUUUUAUGUUUUUAUUAAUUUUUGAAUUUUUACACAUAUUGUGAUUGUUGGAAAAUAUAUUUUUAUUUUUUGUUGUGUUUUGGUUAAAAAAAAAAAAAAAAAUGAGGAAAAAAAAUCUCCCCCAAAAUUACCUUUCCCACACUCCUCAGAUAAAUGCUGUGGAGGAAAAAGAAAAAUGUUCCUCUGAAAUGUGGUAAAGCAGAAGUAUAGUGCACUGAAGCAGGACAUGACGGUUCACCACUCUUGAUACAGGUGAAGACAGUGAUGCUCAACAUGUGAUGUGUGCUGCAUUUGAUCACCUGUCACCUUGCUGUUGUUUUUUAAGAGCAACAUUUGUGGCAUGUUACCAAUUGCAGCAUAUGUGUGAGUAUAUAUUCAAUGAUCUGUAUUAUUGAAAAUGCUGAAUAAUACAGAAGUUGUUUUAGAUGUGAAGUUUUUCAUUUAAAGAUGCCAAUAUAUGAUGUAUGUAUUGUGUACUUUACAGAGAGAGAUAUAGAAAUUCAUUUCUGCAAAAAAAAUACAGGGUAGAUAUGAAAAUGACUAUGAAAAUGUGAGUUGUGUAGACUCAAUUGGAACAGUUGCCACAACACAGUUAUGUAUUUUUUAUAAUUGUAUAUUAACAAGUUUAAACGUGAUGUGCUCCCUAUAAUAUAUGUGUAUGUGUGUGUAUAUUUAUGUAUCUGUAUAUAUAAUAUGUGUGUAUAUAUGUAUAUUUAUAUAUAUGUAUAUAGUGUAUGUUCACAUGUCCGAACAUAAAAGGCAGAUCACUUCAGACUGAUUUAAGGGUGGUUGGAUGGAUAUGAAACGGCUUAAGUAGAUGCCAAGUGUUUGGACUUCAUGCUCUAAGUUGAAUCAGCUGUCCUCUGCAACUUGAACCUUUACUGAAUUUGUAACUUGAUAUUUCUGUAAUUUGAACACUGAAGUAAAGCACCUUUUGUUUUGUUUAAAUUUUUUGUUAUUUUUAUGGAUGAUCAUGCUUUUCUUAAAUAAAAUGUUGCCAAUUU